AUGUUUGAAAACCUCUGCACCCUCCCGCUCUCCUCAGAGCUCUUCACCCAAGCUCUGCAUCCCAAUGAACCAAUCCUUGCCGUCGGACUAUCUGGCGGGCACGUACAGUCGUUCCGGCUUCCAGCUGUAGCUUCCGGUAGCGACGACGAAGAUGGCAACGCCAGCGUCCUGUCAACCGGCACAAGCACUAUAGACACCGAAUGGCGGACCAGAAGACACAAGGGUAGCUGCAGAACACUGGCAUUCAGUCACGAUGGCGAAAUCCUCUACUCAGCUGGCACCGAUGGCCUUCUGAAAGCUGCCUCUUCUUCUACCGGCCAAGUUGUCGCAAAAGUCGCCAUUCCCCUCGAUCGUUCCACGGACUCUGCAGAUCCUCCCACAUUGUUACAUGCACUCUCACCACAGACAUUGCUUCUCGCAACCGAUUCCGCAGCUCUACAUCUCUAUGAUUUACGCACACCGUCAAGCUUUACCAAAGGAAGACCGAGUCAGACCCAUCGUCCGCAUGAGGAUUACAUCUCUUCUUUAACACCACUGGCGCCUACGGAAGCUAGUACAAGUGGGUUCAGCAAGCAAUGGGUUACGACUGGUGGUACAACGCUCGCGGUUACAGAUUUGAGGAGAGGGGUUUUGGUAAAAAGCGAGGAUCAGGAAGAGGAGCUGCUGUGUAGUGUUUUCGUCGGGGGUCUACCGUCCAAGCCGGGUCGGAGCAAGGGCGAGAAGGUGCUGGUUGGGAGCUCGAAUGGGGUCCUGACGCUCUGGGAGAGGGGCGUUUGGGAUGAUCAGGACGAGAGAAUUAUUGUUGAUGGUGGAAGAGGUGGGGGUGACAGCUUGGAUGCUCUGGCUGUCAUGCCAGAAGGUGUUGGUGAUGGAAUGAAAAAUGUUGUUGUAGGGCUUGGGGAUGGUACGGUUAGGAUCGUGCAAUUGGGGAAGAAUAAAGUCAUGGGUGAUCCAUUGCGACACGACGAGGUUGAGGCUGUGGUUGGAGUGGGAUUUGAUGUUUACGGCCGACUUAUUAGUGGAGGUGGAUCGAUUGUGAAGGUGUGGGAACAGAAGAUGAAUCUGGAUGAGGAGGAGGAAGAAGAAUCCGACGAAGAGGAGUCUGGUGCGCAGAAGAGGCCUAUUGAGAGCAGUGACAGCGACGACAGCGAUAAUGGGGGUGGUGCAGAUAGCAGUGACGAUGAGCAAAGCGGCCGAAAACAACGAAAGAAGCGGCGGAAGGCAAAGAAGGGAAAGAACGUGGGCAAUGGGAUCCUGAAGUUUAAGGGAUUGGAGUAG